UGUGGCGUUGGUGUAAAGUGUCCUGAAAACUUCCCUCCAAAUCCAAUUCUGUCGCUUUGCAGACUGUGCAGAGAAGCAGAAAAAAUGGAAGUGGGAAGAUUACCAAUCUCAGCGUCACAGCGAGGCAAACUGAUACGGGCGGGCUAUACCACUCUCUCUUCCCUUUCUUCGCUCUCUCCCUCCGAUCUUGCUCGAGAACUGAAUGUCACAAAUAGUGAAGCUCUUGAGAUUCUAAAGGUAGCAUCACUUAAUAGUAGGCUAGACAGGACGGAUGGAGGCCACGCUAUUUUUAAUGGUGCACAGACAGCAUGGGACAUGCUCCACGAGGAGCAGUUGCUUCGACGCAUUACUACUUCUUGUGCAGAUCUGGAUAACAUCCUUGGUGGAGGCAUUAACUGCAAAGAAGUAACUGAAAUCGGUGGAGUGCCGGGCAUUGGUAAAACACAGCUAGGGAUUCAACUUGCAGUCAACGUUCAAAUCCCAGUUGAUUUAGGUGGCCUGGGAGGAAAGGCAGUAUAUAUAGAUACUGAGGGCAGCUUUAUGGUGGAGCGGGCUCUGCAAAUUGCUGAAGCUUCGGUAUUAGACAUGGUGGAAUACAAUGAUCUUUUACGUAAGGAACAUCGUAAAUGCCAAGUAAAUCUUAAGCCUAAUGAUCUCUUGGAAAGCAUUUACUAUUUCCGCAUCUGCAGUUACACCGAGCAAAUGGCUGUGAUAAGUUACUUAGACAAGUUCAUCUCAGCGCAUAAAGAUGUUAAGAUUGUUAUUGUUGAUAGUGUUACUUUCCAUUUCCGCCAAGAUUUUGAGGACUUAGCUCUGAGGACUCGGUUACUUAGUGGAAUGGCCCUGAAGCUGAUGAACCUUGCAAAAACCUAUAACUUAGCGGUUGUUAUUUUUAACCAAGUGACCACAAAGUACAUGGAAGGUUCAUUUCAGUUGGCACUUGCACUAGGCGACAGCUGGUCACAUUCUUGUACAAAUCGGGUCAUCUUGUACUGGAAUGGGGAUGAUCGCUAUGCAUUCAUAGACAAGUCACCCUCUCUACGAUCGGCAUCAGCACCAUUUUCUGUCACCGGUAAAGGGAUUCGGAAUUCUGCUUCCAACCAUAAGCGAAUCAAAUUGAUGUGAGAUUGAAGAAUUGAAGGCGAUAUGGUCGGUUGUUCUUCUCGAUGAGGUCUCAGGGCGAGUUCCACUGAGAUGGGUGGAGUAUAUGGCAAUCUACUUCGUGAAGGAUCCAUGCCGGGAUGCCUUACCGUUUCUAGAUUAUUAAACAUACAUGGUGAUUUGUAUGAAGCAAUCUAAGAGUAUUAAACAUACAUAGUGAUUUGUAUAAAGCAACUUUACAUGAGAUUGGCUAAUUUGACAUACUCUCUGCGUAGCUUUUAGCCAACAG